CCCUGUGCGAAAAGGUCUCCACCAGCGGGAAGCUCGCGGGACAGACUGGAGUGUGUCAGCCCAAACUGUUUCUUUUUCUGGAACGGUAGGGCCGUUCCGUGGGUCUUCGACGCGCGAGUUCCGCCAGCCCAGCAGUCCGCGAGCGCCAGGCGGCUAACAACCGUUGGGCAUCAACUCCCGCGGGCGUCCGUCGGUGGGGCGGGAAGUAAGGCAAGGGAAGCAGAUGCCGGUGCGCGGCUGCCACACGGACUGCGUGGAGCGGCCCCUGUCGCGGGCGCUGCGGGCCCUCGGCGCCUUGGUGGGCGCCCACCCGUGGCCCUUCCUGCUGCUGCCUUUGGCGCUCUCGGCCGCGCUGGGCGCCGGCUUCGUCUUCCUGGAGAGCCGCAAGCCCAAAUUUAUGGAAGACCAAUACACGCCGCGAGGGGGCGCGGCCAAGGGCGAGCGCCGCUUCGUCUGGAAGCAUUUCCCGACCAACGACGGCGAGCACUUCUCCGCCCAGAGGCUGACAGGCGAAGGCACCUUCGUCUCCUUCCUGGCCGUGGCCGCCCCUGGAGACUCGCUCCUCACCGCGCAGGCUUUCGCCGAGCUGCAGAAGCUGGACGCGGCGGUGCGGGGGCUGCAGGCGGGCGGGCUCUCCUUCGCCGAGCUCUGCGCCCGCCGCAACCGCACCUGCGUCAGCCCCAACCCGCUCCUCAGCCUCGCGCAGAGCUCCCCGGGGGGCAUCGAGGCGCUGCUGCCCCGCCUCACCUUCCCGCUCUUCCAGGGCCGGGUUUUCCUGGCCCCUUUCCUGGGGGGCGUCAAGCUGCGCCCGGGAGAUGAGCGGGCGCGCCCCGUCGAAGCAGCCAAAGCGCUGCGCCUUGUCUAUUAUUUGCAGGAGGACCAAACUGGGAUGUGGUGGACGAGCUCUCGCUGGGUGGCGGCCGUCCUGGAGGGCAUCCCCGACCUGCUGGCCUCCUUGAACCUCAGCUCCAUUCGGGUGGCCUAUUUUACCUCACUGUCACGACAACAAGAGUAUGAGAAAGUUUCCCAAAAUGUGAUCCCAUUGUUUUCUGGUGCAUAUGCCUUAACAAUAACCUACUCCGUUAUAUCAUGUUCAAGGCUAGACUGUGUGCGGACAAAAGUGUGGGUUGCAGCAUUUGGAGUGCUGACAUCAGGCUUAUCAGUGCUCAGCAGUUUUGGAUUACUGCUCUUUUGUGGGGCAUCAUUUGUUGUCACAGCUGCAAAUGCACCAUUUAUUAUACUUGGGGUAGGUAUUGACGACAUGUUCAUCCUCGUGUCCUGCUGGCAGCGGACAAAAGUGAAGGACACUGUUGAAAAUCGGAUGGCUGACACUUACGCAGAGGCAGCUGUGUCCGUUACUAUUACCAGCUUAACAGAUAUUUUAGCCUUCUACAUUGGAACUUCGAGUGCAUUUCCAGCAAUUACAUCAUUUUGCGUCUAUACGGGCACAGCCUUCAUUUUCUGCUACUUCUAUAACCUGACGUUCCUUGGGGCUGUCAUUGCUCUAAAUGGUAAAAGAGAAGAAAGCAACAGACAUUGGCUUACGUUUAUGAAGGUGGAAGAUGAGAUUCCACAUUCUCAUGGCUAUUUGUAUAACAGGUGUUGCACUGGAGGAUAUUUUGAUGAGGCCACUGGAGCAGAGCUUGAACAUCCCACAGAUAGAUUCUUUAGAAAAUAUUAUGGUCCUUUCCUUAUGCAUACCUGGACCAAGGUUUUGGUGGUGCUUCUGUAUCUUCUGUACCUUGGUAGUAGUAUUUAUGGGUGCAUACAUCUUAAAGAAGGUAUAGAUGUUCGAAAUCUAGCUAAUGAUGGUUCUUAUGUCAUUCAGUAUUACAAUUGGCAUGACGAAUAUUUUUCAGAGUAUGGGCCAAGGGUAAUGGUGGUUGUUACUGAAAGCAUACACUAUUGGGAUUCAUCUGUUCGUGCAAACCUCGAGGACUGCAUGAGGUCAAUGGAAAGCUCAUCUUAUGUGGACAAUAAUUUAUCUGAAUCAUGGUUGAGAACUUAUGAAACUGCUGCUAAAGGCAUGUCCCUAAAUAUUGAUGACCGUAAUGCUUUCAUUGGUAGUUUAUCUGCUCUGUUUCAAGUUAAUGCAGAGUUGGCGUGGGAUAUUCGUUUCAAUGCCACGGAAAUAUCUUCCUCGCGUUUUUUUGUACAGACAGUCAAUGUUACUACUGCGGUUGAUGAGAAACAUCUUUUAAAAGAACUUCGAGGCUUUGCUGAAAAGUGUAAGAUACCAUUAUUGGUUAAUCAUCUAGCUUUUGUAUAUUUUGAUCAAUACCUUGUGAUAAUUCAUAAUACCAUCCACAAUGUUGUGAUUGCUUCUGGAUCCAUGUUACUUGUUUCCUUGUUGCUCAUUCCCAAUCCACUGUGCUCUUUGUGGGUAACGUUUGGUAUGGCAUCUGCUGUUGUUGGUGUGGCUGGUUUCAUGGCCUUUUGGAGUGUCCGUCUUGACUUUGUGUCCGUGGUCUGCCUGGUCAUUUGCAUAGGCUUUUCUGUAGAUUUCUCUGCUCAUAUUUCCUAUGCCUUUGUAUCCAGUGAAAAACUUGAAGUGAAUGACAAAGCAGUGGACGCUCUUUACCGACUUGGUCACCCUAUUCUGCAGGGAGCUGUUUCCACCAUUGUGGGAGUUCUAGUGCUAUCUAUAGCAACCACUUACCUCUUCAGGACCUUUUUUAAGAUAAUGUUUCUGGUUAUCUUGUUUGGAGCUGCUCAUGGUCUAAUUUUUAUUCCUGUGUUUUUAACAUUCUUUGGGUUUUGUGUUAGAUUGCGAAACAGAAAUGAAGUGAUACAAGAACAGCAAUAAAAGGGAUAAUACUACAAAAAAAUUCUCCUAGUAGAAUAUAUCUCUUACAAAGCUGCCUAUGUAAGGGAUAAAGAAACCACAGCUACCUUCACUUUAAGUGGUUCUAGAUUGCCCAGGAUGGCCACAUUACACAUGGACAUUCCCUGGUUUAAGGGCUAAACUGAGUGUUGUGUUAUUAUUUACAUCUUUUGGACUUGCAUCUGUGUUUGGUUUUUUAAAAUGUUUUUAAUGAUUUUAUAUCUGAAUAUGAUAUUUCAAGCUUUUCACAUGCCAAAUGGCUGUCUUCAUGAGGGACCCCUAAUUCUGCAGUGUUUGUGUUGACAUCCCUGAAAUGCCCUGUGGGUGCCUGUGCAUGUUUAAUGUUCAUAGCAGCUGUGCUGGGCUCCAGUUCAGGUUGGAAUAAUGGCAGGAGUCCUUUAACCUUUUAUCCUUGCUGUUGUUGCUCCCAGACCCUGUAACUGCUGCUCAUUGGCACCAUAUGAACGUUCCUCCCAAAACAAAUACCAGCUGUGGAGAACACAAUUUAGAUCAGGAAUCGUGGCAGGGCAAAUUGUGUGGCCCCCAGCUGCACUACCCAUUUGAAUUGCAGGAAGAGUGUCUUUAUUGUUGGUGUUCAUGGAUUCUAACACCAGCACUGAAAUGUCAAGGUUUCUUCAUGAAAACUACUAUUCUGGAUCUUGUUCAAAAUACCAUAUUAAAACAUUAUUAAAUGUUAAUUUGAACUCAGUCAGAUGGAAGGUCCUGGUCCAGAAAUACUUAACUUGUAGAUACUGAUGUUCUAUAAAACUUUCUAAGUGGAUGUUUUGAGAGGAUUCCCAUGUAUUCUGUACAUGCUUAUUCUGUUUGACAAAUCCGUAAUUAAAAGACACUUUCAGAGGUC